AAAUCUCUCUCUCUACACAAUUUACUCACUCUGGUUUAGGAUUUGAUCUGAUCUUCCUAUUGUCGCGAUCCAAUUAUGGAUGAAGAGUAUGACGUCAUAGUGCUCGGGACCGGUCUCAAGGAAUGCAUCCUGAGCGGUCUUCUCUCGGUUGAUGGCCUUAAGGUUCUUCACAUGGAUAGGAAUGACUAUUAUGGAGGAGAGUCUAGCUCACUGAAUCUUAUUCAGCUCUGGAAAAGAUUUAGAGGAAGUGAGGCGCCUCCAUCCCAUUUGGGAUCGAGCAGAGACUAUAAUGUUGAUAUGAUCCCCAAAUUUAUGAUGGCCAAUGGUACACUUGUACGAGUCCUCAUUCACACAGAUGUAACCAAAUACUUGUAUUUUAAGGCUGUGGAUGGAAGCUUUGUGUAUAACAAAGGAAAGGUUCACAAGGUGCCGGCAACAGAUGUUGAAGCACUUAAAUCUCCCCUCAUGGGUAUCUUUGAAAAGCGUCGUGCCCGGAAGUUCUUUAUAUAUGUCCAGAAUUACGAUGAAACUGAUCCAAAGACCCAUGAGGGGAUGGAUCUGACAAGAGUGAGAACCAGAGACCUUAUUGCAAAAUAUGGUCUUGAUGACAACACUGUGGAAUUCAUUGGUCACUCACUGGCACUUCAUAGAGAUGAUCGCUACUUAGAUGAGCCUGCAUUAGACACUGUUAAGAGAAUGAAGCUAUAUGCAGAGUCUCUUGCACGUUUUGCAGGAGGUUCACCAUAUAUAUACCCCUUGUAUGGAUUAGGAGAGCUUCCUCAGGCAUUUGCUCGGCUUAGUGCUGUCUAUGGUGGAACAUACAUGUUGAACAAACCUGAAUGCAAGGUAGAGUUCAAUGAUGAAGGUCAGGUCAUUGGUGUGACUUCAGAAGGUGAAACUGCUAAGUGCAAGAAAGUUGUCUGUGAUCCUUCCUAUUUGCCUAACAAGGUCAGAAAAGUUGGAAAGGUUGCAAGAGCAAUAUGCAUAAUGAGUCACCCGAUCCCAAAUACCAAUGACUCCCACUCAGUACAGGUUAUCCUACCACAGAAGCAGUUGGGCCGCAAAUCUGACAUGUAUCUGUUUUGUAGUUCUUAUUCUCACAAUGUUGCUCCAAAGGGGAAGUUUAUUGCAUUUGUAUCAACAGAAGCCGAGACUGACAACCCUGAAAUUGAACUAAGGCCUGGAAUUGAACUCUUGGGACCCGUCGAUGAGAUGUUUAUUGAUACCUAUGAUAGAUUUGAACCAGUUAAUGAACCCUCUCUAGACAAUUGUUUUAUAUCCGCGAGUUAUGAUGCCACAACUCACUUUGAGUCAACUGUCGUGGAUGUGUUGAACAUGUAUACAAUGAUAACUGGAAAGGUUGUAGACCUAAGUGUGGAUCUGAGUGCGGCCAGUGCUGCAGAAGAAUGAGAAGCCUGGUUUCGUUCACGCACCAUUCUAAUGUUAUCGUGUUUUUUUUUUGUUUACGAAUGUUUCUCGCAACUUGGGUUUUCAAUUUCACUGUAAUAUGAAUGAAUUCUGACAAUUUGUGUCACAAUGUGUACUCUACUUCAAAAGAGAAAAAAGAAUGGUGUGGUUGCUGAAUACUUAAAAUUGUAUGUGUUGAUUUUGUUUUCAUGUUCUC